AAAUGGCGGCGCCGGAGGGCGGCUGUGCCGCGAUGCCCGCGGCUUGUCCCGCUCCGCCCGGGCCCUCGGCCCCCGGCUCCUGGAGCCGCUCCUUGGACCGAGCCCUAGAAGAAGCGGCGGCCAGCGGAGCCCUGAGUUUGAGCGGCAGGAAGCUCCGGGACUACCCGCGGGCCAGCGCCGCCAACCACGAUCUCAGCGACACCACCCAGGCUGAUCUGUCACGGAACAGACUGUCGGAGCUUCCAGCAGAAGCGUGUCACUUUGUCUCCCUCGAGAGUCUUAAUUUGUACCAGAACUGCAUUCGAUACAUCCCAGAGGCUGUUUUGAACUUACAGUCUUUAACAUUUCUAAAUAUCAGUCGAAACCAGCUUUCAACAUUGCCAGUACACCUCUGUAGUCUACCACUAAAAGUUUUGAUAGCAAGUAAUAAUAAAUUGGUUUCAAUACCUGAAGAAAUUGGACAGCUCAGACAGCUGACAGAACUCGAUGUGAGUUGUAACGAAAUACAGACAAUACCUCCACAGAUUGGCCAUUUGGAAUCCUUGAGGGACCUAAAUGUCAGACGAAAUAAUUUGGUGCGUUUACCUGAAGAGCUUGCUGAGUUGCCAUUGAUUCGAUUAGAUUUCUCCUGCAAUAAAAUAACAACAAUACCAGUUUGUUAUAGGAACCUCAGACAUCUUCAGUCCAUCAUGUUAGAGAACAACCCUCUCCAGUCCCCCCCUGCACAGAUAUGUAUAAAAGGAAAAAUUCAUAUAUUUAAAUACCUGAACAUAGAAGCAUGCAAGAUAGCUCCAGACUUACCUGAUUAUGAUAGGAGACCCAUGGGAUUUGGAUCAUGCCACGAGGAACUCUAUUCCAGUCGUCCGUAUGGAGCACUUGAUUCUGGCUUCAAUAGUGUGGACAGCGGAGACAAAAGAUGGUCAGGGAAUGAACCAACAGAUGAGUUCUCAGAUCUCCCUUUACGUGUGGCAGAGAUCACCAAGGAGCAGAGACUGCGCAGAGAGAGUCAGUAUCAAGAAAACCGAGGGAGCGCAGUUGUAACUAAUGGUGGAGUGGAACAUGAUCUCGAUCAGAUCGACUAUAUUGACAGCUGUGCCACGGAAGAGGAGGAGGAAGAGGUGAGGCAGCCCAAGUGCAUGGACUCAGACAGCCUCAGCUCACAGUUCAUGGCAUAUAUUGACCAGCGGCGAAUCUCUAAUGAGAGCUCCCCAGUAAAACCUACAUCCAUCAGAGAAUUUCAGAGAACAGAGGAUACAAGACGGCAUUUACAUCAAAACAGGGAUACAGAUGAAUUACGAAGACCUGAAACUCUAAAUUUGAUGCAGGACAAAGAGCAUCACCAAGUACUAAGGAGUUAUGUGGACAGGACAGAGAGACCCCUGCCUGAUUCACCUUAUUUUCUCUCGCUGUCAAGUCACCACAGUCAGGUGCCAAGCACAGAUUCCGAGCUGCACCGCAGGCACAUCGAGCGCACCCGUCGGGAGGCUCAGCUGGCAGCGCUUCAGUACGAGGAGGAGAGGAUGAGAACAAAGCAGAUCCAGAGAGAAGCUGUCCUUGACUUUGUUAAGCAAAAAGCAUCCUUAAGUCCUCAGAAGCAAAGUCCUCUGGAUAGUGAGUGUCCCUUUCCAUCCAGAAGGUCUCAGCAUACUGAUGAUAGUGCCUUGUUAGUGAAUGGCUUUGAGCCUCUCUUUGUGUUUGAGAUUGACAAUAACACCAAUACCAUUAAAAGGAGGCCAGGGACUCGCAAACAGUCACUCUCAGGGUUGAACCAAGAAAGCUGUGCUACUACCCUGCCUAGUGCCUCUACCUUCAGUCCUGUCAAGAGUGAUGACAGAUCUACCAUCUCCCCUGGCUCACCUACCGCUCAGACAGUCCACCUUUCCCCUCCAUAUGCUGGCCAUGCAGCCCUGCCUUCCUAUAGAAACCCUUCCCAGCGACCUGAGAGUUUCCUUUUCCGAACAGCUGUCAGGGAUGAAGCCAAGAAAGCUGUAGCUUCAUCCUCUACCCGUGCCUUGUCUCCUGCUAAUGAUUCUGCAGACCCUCAAGUGAGACAAAACUCCAAACAGCGAGAGGAAGAGUUGGAGCUGAUAGAGCAGCUUCGCAAGAACAUCGAGUCACGGCUGAAGGUGUCGUUGCCCAGCGAUCUCGGGGCCGCUCUCACCGACGGUGUUGUCCUGUGCCAUCUGGCCAACCACGUGCGGCCCCGCUCUGUCCCCAGCAUUCACGUCCCCUCCCCUGCUGUGCCUAAACUUACAAUGGCAAAAUGCAGACGAAACGUGGAGAAUUUCUUGGAAGCUUGCAGAAGGAUUGGAGUGCCUCAGGACAAUCUUUGUUCCCCUUCUGACAUUCUUCAGCUAAACCUCAGCGUUAAAAGAACAGUUGAGACUCUUCUUUCCCUGGGGACAGAUUCAGAAGAAUCCAGUCUUGUCUCCCUUUCCGUUCAGCUCUGGGGCUUUGUGGUGUUUUACUGUACUCUAAUGCUAACGCUCUGUAUGUUCUAUCGCUGGGUCUGUUUUCUCUAGCUGAGGGAUAGUGGUGCUGCUUCCUCCCUCCAUCACUCCGGUGCUUGGGAACAGAUUUUGGGUUUUGUCAAGACUGUGUGUAUGAAGUGCUUUGUUUCCCACGGAUGGGACAGAGGUGACAAGUACAGUGUGUAAACACAUUGGUGCACCCACACAACCAUCUGUGACCUCAUUCACAUUUGUAUUUGCUGUGUCACAUUGAGCAGAAAAAGUGCUUUACAAGGGAGGAGGUGCAGUCCCUGGGGUAGACCUGAGACUGAGCUGAGGACAUGUGGCUGCAUUUUGUAGUCUGCUGACCCAUGGUGCAUAUUAGGAAACUGCAUUGUCAGGUUGUGCCUCUGUUUCCCCAUCUGUAUAAUGGGAAUUGCACCCACUCUGGUAAAUUUCCCAAGGAUUUUCUGAUGAAAAAUGUUAAACAAUGUGAAGUAUUUUUUUCAGUGUCAGUGUUCUUGAUGAGAUCUCACAGUCUUAGGAGACACGGUCUGGUAAGUUUUGUCCACAGAUCUUUGUAGCUUUAUUUUUUUCUUAACCCCAGUCCCUUAUCCUGCUUCUGAGAGCAUUUGAUGUCUCAAAUUUAUAGACUCUGUUUUAUUGCUUUGACUCAGGAUUUUUAAAAUAACUGUCAGUGAAUCCUGAGCUGCUUGAACUUCACAACAGUUCAAGCAGGAAAUUUUCAGAGAAAUUAAGCCCUUCAACAGCUUUAAGUUUUCUGGCACAGAAAGAAGUCUUUAAAGAUUCUAUCAGAUGCUACAGAAUGUCAUAGCAAUUUACUGUGCUCUGGAUAAAACUCACCAAAAACUUGUUGAGUUGCUGCUGGAUCGUGGGCGCCCCAACAUAAGCUUGUUCCAUGCUUAUUCCCUUCUUCCUCUUACCCUGUCAUUUUCAGAAACCUUUAUAUCAUGCAAUUGCAGAAAUAUAAGCCCCGGCUGCACAAGCACUCUUCACUGUUUUACAAAACUCAGGAAGUCUUCCAUAGAGCUUCACAGCUUUUCCCUCCCCAGGGAAAGCAUCCUGGUGCUUUAAUGCUUUAAUGUCUCAGGGACACCUCAGAGCUUCAGGGCACUCCCGGUGUGUGUGUAACAGACCGUGUCUCCUCAGAGUGUAGAUUGAUUCAGGGAGCUCUGCUCAGAGACCAGUGUCAGGUAAGUGUUCAGUAAAUGGCUGUUCCAAAUAUGUCUUCAAUAAAUUUCUGUUAUAUCUGCAAGUGCAGUAAAUGGCUUGUAAGCCCAAUGCAAGUGGUGUUGGCCUUCCAGCGAUAACCUGGAACAACUCUGAAGCACAGUUUAAGAUACACGAGAGUUCAGUUGCAAAUGUGUUCACUACCAGUAAAAUGUGUUAUGUGUACGUGGAUCUCACAAGCUCUUGUACCACAAAGUUAGUAUUUAACAAAGGAGCAAGUCAAAAAGCUGCUGCUCUCUGUCCAAGCCACACAAAGUGUUCUGUCCAAGCCAAACAUCGCUGAGGAAAGAGGGGAACUUUGACAGGGGGAGAUUGUUUUAUUUUUGAGUAAGCUAUUUUUGCACUGCUUACUGGUAUGAACUAGAAUGAACUCGGUUCCUAUGUUUCUUAACUUCUAGUGAACACUGUGAUAAAAGCUGCAAGGGGUUUUACACUAACAGUGCCUUCCAGUUUUUAAAUUUUGUUUGUCAUUACUGUCUGUGGUAUGGAGUCAUUCCAAAGCUUUUUCCCUUAUCUGUUUGCAUACAUAAGGAAAAAAGAUAAGGCAUAUUUCCUCAAGUUUACAAGUAUUUUCUUAAAAAGCACACUUUUUUCAAAGUAACAUAAUUUUGCUGGAAGAAAAAUGUAUUUUAGCCUGAUCAUAUGUGGCUUCCUGUGAGAAUUUCAGUCUGGGUUCACUUGUUUUCUCUCCACUCGGAGCUUUGCGGGAGGAGUGUUGGCUGCCACUGUUUGUGCUGAAGGAUUUCUUUAACAUCAGAAAUCAGUAAAGACUCAAGGAGUGGAGAAAUGCCAGUUGGUGCGAAAAUAACACAUGAAAAAUAGUCUCUGUAGCUCUAUAGGAAGGACACACUUGGGUUGUUUUCUACAGAUACAGAGAACUGUUGGACAUGUAUUCUGACUGUUGUGGAGUGAGGAUGGCCAGGAGUGCCAAGGACUUCUGUAGGAUGAGGCUUUAAGUACAUCUUAGACUGAGAAUAGCAGAACUGUUAAUAAACACUUUGAAACCUCUUUUUGCAUUUUGCGUAUUCCUGUUAUUUCUCAGAAGGAUUUUGGGGGUCGCCCGCUAAGCCGGGGGCACUUCUGGGACAUGAGUGAGUGGUGGUGACUCAUUCCCUGCUCACAGCAGGGCUCCCCUCAGGCUGUAGCUGACAAGGCUUGUCCCGUGAGGACUCCCUCAAAAAGAGGUGUGAUUUGGAAAGGAAGCUGUGCUGCUGUGGUUCCUCUCCUGUUCUGUGUUGCAGCAGGUUCAUCGUGUUGAAGCAAAGCUUCCGCCUCCUCAAGUUCAUCUGCUUUUGGUUUCAUAAACCACUGCCAUGUCAGUGUGGGCAGAGAUGGAGGACAAUUUGUUAUUUCCCUCUUCUCCCACAAUCCCUUUUCAAAUUCUUAUUUGUAGAGUUUUUUAAUAAAUGAACACAGGGAUUAGCUGAAGGCCACCUUCUCUGAGUAGUCAAGGUCAUGGUUCUUUAGUCACAAGCAGAAAUUUCAUGUCCUACCCCUGUGUGUGUGUGCUGCCUGUCCAUAACGUUUCAUAUUUCAGUCACCUUUUGCUUAAUUUUUUUUUCUUUUCAGUUGAGUGGUUUUCAUCCAUUUUGUUUUUGUCUUUGUUUUGUUCCCCAUUCAGGAGCAAUUAUGUUUGCCUCUGCAUAUUUUAGAAGAGAAGGGUUUGACACAGGUAGCUGUGACUGUCCAGGCGCUCCUGGAGCUGGCACCCCCAAAGCAGCAGCCACUUCACCACUUGUCUGCUGUGUAAAGACCUCCGGGACCUUUUGGGUUACCUUGGCUAAGCAGAAGGACCUGAAGACUUUACUGCCCAUGCAGUGCAUCCAAACACACAGAGCUCUGUUCUAAGGAAAUGAGUUUCCGUGAUUCCUGACAGGAAUGUUUUACUUCAUUUCUCCAUUUUUUUUGGAGAUCACAACAGUUUCCAGUAACAUUUUUUACUACCAAUUUUUUUGCCCCUUAUUUUUAAAAAAUGAGGGUUGGGAGGAGGGCAAGGAAUUCCAGUGCCUGGCUGUUGGAGCCAGCUGUAGAAACUGACCUUGCAGGUGGAAGAUAUGGAUGUAGAGUUAGGAAAGCAGUUCCUAGGGGAGUUUGUAAAAAAAAGGAUGUUGCUGCAGUGGGCAUAUGGGGAAUUAAAUUUCUUUCCUUACCCACAGAGUGCAAAGAAAUGGAGUUUCUUUGCCUCCAAGGAACAACCGCUAUUUCUAUUAUAAUAUUUAAAAAAUUGCAUCACACAAUCUUAACCUGCAGUGUUGGGUAACAGGGUCAAACCUCACAGAGCUGUAACUCAUGUUGGCAUGUCCUCAUUACUAAAAGUUGAA